AAGAUAACAACAACGCAAAUGGCUUCGAAGAAAGCAGAGAAAACCGUGGUCGUGCCGAAAACUACGGCAGAUUUGCAGAGGAUAAAGCUUGAAAAAUUAAUGAAAAACCCGACAAAAGAGGCGAUUAUCCCAGAGAGGCCUAAGGAUUGGCAACCCAAAGGUCCCCAGGAGUUCAUACGCAAUGUGUGGGGAUCCAGUGCAGGUGCAGGCAGCGGGGAUUUCCAUGUAUACAGGGGAAUUCGUAGGAGAGAAUAUGCCAGACAGAAAUUCCUCACUGAGAAAACUUUAAAGGAUGCUGCUGAGAGUGAAUACGAGAAGAGGGUGGAAGAGAAUCGCAAAGCUGCAGAGGAGAGAACUGCCAAGAAACGUGCCAAGAGGUUGAAGAAGAAGCAGAGAAUGAAACUGGCAAAGAAGCAGAAAGUCCCAGCUGGCAAAAAAGAUGACUCGGAUGAAUCUGAGGAAGAGGAAAGCGAUGAAGGAGAAGAUGUAACAGAGAACACAGCAGAAAGUGAUGUCACAGACAGAAAACCUGAUCUCAUGGACAACAAAUCUGAUGAUGUCACAGAUAACAAAUCUGACGAUGUCACAGAUAACAAAUCUGACGAUGUCACAGAUAACAAAUCUGACGAUGUCACAGAUAACAAAUCUGAUGCCACCAGCAUUUCACCUGAAAGUGACGAUGUCGCAGAGAAACAUUCUGAUAAUGAAACAGAACGGAAAAAAGACUUGGAUGUUCAAAGUGAUAGCUGAUAUCAGUCAAGAAAUUUAGACAGAUUUAUUUGAGAUGCUGACUUGUCAUCAGACUUGUGUGAAGUAUCUGGCUUCUAAACUGGACUGCUAUCUUAAAAACAAGAUCUGGUGUCUAAGUUGCUUACAUGUACACGUAUGCUGUGUGACUGACAGGGUUAUUCCCCCCUGGACAGUACUAAUGGCUUCAUCAAUUUUUAACAUGUUCAACAAAUAUCCAUGAUUUUUCAUCCCACAACUUGUUGAUUGUUGACCCUGAAGCAGUAAGCUGUAGGCUUGAGAUAGACUUGACCACCACCCAGGAGCAAACUUAAGCAUUCACACCAUUGAUUGAUCAGUUCUUGUCAAUUUUCAUCUUAAUUUUGUCAAAGCAUGUGGUCAAAGUAUAGACAAACAUAGGUCAAAAUAGUAAUUACUGCAUAUAACAAUUUGACCUUGAGUUUUAAGUAAUCAAAAACAAUUUUGUGUGUGAAGACAGUUGAAGAUUUUUCUCAUGGGAAAGGUUUUAUGGGACAAAUAAGCCUAUAAGCAGCUAAAGCCAUUGAUAUUUAGACCUGUAUACAAUUACUUGUGGAAAAUAACCAUACAAGUACAUAUGUGAUUUUUGUUUUUUUACAGGAUUUAUUUUCUUUUUGCUCACAAAAUCAUUUAGAAUAAAAUAAAGACUAUUACAGUAGCUUUUGUAAGUUGUACAAUCGGAGUAAGAAAUGUUAAUUUUUUGCAAUUAUUAACAGUAAUGAACGUACUGUGAUUGAUUAGAGCAUAGAUUGAACACAAGGCCAUGUACAAUAUUCAUGUUCCCAUCAUAUGUACAAAUUUUAAACAUUAUGCUUGUUAGUACAACAAUAUAAACUCAUUACACGUUCAUAUCAACAUGUGGUAUUAUGUUUGACACAUAUUUUACAUAUGUAAAUAGCUUGUUUGGACGGUUUGUGGACAGAGAUGCUAUUAUGUACAAAUGACAUUUUAUACAGGGGUUUGAAUAAGAGACCAUCAAAGCAUGUACAAAACCUCGACAUAAGAAAUACAUAAAUAUUGACUAUAGGCUGACAAAUUGAUCAUUUUUCAUUAUCACUUUACAACGACGAACUGAAAUUGUUGUACAACCCCUGGCAAAUUACUCUUCAACAGUUACCUGUACAUAUACUAGUACCUAACAAAGAAAACCUUUAUAGCAUUUGAUGCUAAAAUAUACAAUCACACAGUUGUACUUAAAAAAGUUUUUCUUUUCUCUUUUAUCAAGACACGCUUCAGUGAAAUGAUCAGUUUGUUAGUGUACCACUGUUCUGCAAGAGACCUGGGCACACUUUCACAAAGAUGUUGAACAUGUAUGGAAAUCGCACAUGUAGAGCAAUGAUAUAGUAAUAGCUGUAAAAAAUAUCGUACGACAAAUGUACGAUCAAAAAUGUGAAAGUGGGCCCUGAGCACACUUUCACAACGAUGUUGAACAUGUAUGGAAA